AUGGCCCAAUCUGCAGUGUUUGUGGAACAUGAGGAGUUUAUCAACGCCUUCUUUCCUGUGCCGAACAUUUCCUCUGCGAGGGAAGUGCGACUGCAACCACUAAAGACGAAUCCAUUUGCGACGCUGUCAAACGCAGACAAGCUGAACGAAGUGGUCGUCCAAGCUGCCUUUAGCAAGGCUGUCAACGAACACAAUCUCAUCCCCGGUUUCAGACUUCGCGAUUGUGGGCGGCGUCCUGAUCUUACUAGUUGCCAGUCACGUAAGGUCGACUCGGCCCUUUUCCGGAACGAGCGCGCCACUGCCUCCUUGCGCCAGCCUUGGGCUGAUCAAGUAUUGCCAGUCGAGUUCACCCGCGACCCCGUCUCUUUCGAUUACUCAAACGACCCCAAAAAGAGUGUCGGGUCGGCGGAUGAUCAGCGCGAUAGAGCACUUGAUCAAAUCGCCAGUCGCGCCGAGCUCAUCCACGCUGUUCAGCAUCGAGUGGCUCUCUUUAUGCUCGUCGUCACCGGCCCCCAAAUCCGCUUCGUACGAUGGGAUCGGUCUGGGUCCGUGGUUACAGAGCCGCUCAACUACGUCAAGCACUGGGAGCUCUUCUGCGACAUCCUCUGGCGCAUUGGCCAAUGCACGGACGUCCAGCUCGGCUUCGAUCCUACCGCCGCGCGCCUUUCUCCCGGCGAUCCGGACUAUGUCCGUAUGACUACCGCCGCCCGCCCACAGCCCACCGACGUUGACGAGAAGGAGCGCAAGCUUGCUCCUGGGGAGAUAUCCCGUGAAGGUCCCGUCGUCUUCAAGUACGUCCGCGCCAUGUUCAACGAAGCCGUCAACUCUCCCUGGCCCCGCUACCGUCUCGAGGUACCCAACGGCGCCUCUUCCCGCGCCUUCCUCGUCGCAAAACCCACGUUCCGCUCUCCUCGUGGGGCGGUCCGGGGUACACGCGGCUACGUUGCCUUGGACUGUGCCACAGGGGAGCUCGUGUGGCUGAAGGACACCUGGCGUGCUCAUCACCUCAUCAGCGACAAAGAAGGCGACGUGUUGGGCAGACUGAACGAGGCCCGUGUCGGGUAUGUCCCGACUCUCAUCUGCCACGGAGACAUCGCGGGCCAAGACACCCUGACCCUCGAUUGGUGGGCACGGACUCAGAACCCACGGACUACCGACCCCCCGAAGUCUGCAGAGUCGCCCACGCACGACGCUCCUCCGUAUCCGCAUCCUUCUGCCCCUUCGUCUUCGGGGGCCCUCAAGCGCAAGCGCGACGACGACUCGGGGAGGUCCGAGGACGGUAUCCCGCUGCCGAAGCGAGUCAAGACUGGUUCGGGACUCCCAGCGAUCCUAGAAGACUGUCCUUUCCAACUGUACCGACACUACCGGCUGGCCGAGAAGGAGGUGUGCAUGAGCUUGGAGAAGUUCCAGAACGGGCGCCAGCUUGUCUUCCUCGUGUCCUGCGGCCUGGACGCUCACCGCCAGGCCGCGACGCUGCCCUCGAACCCGGUCCUGCAUGGUGAUGUCAGUGGCGGCAACAUUUUGAUCCUUCCCCGCAUCUCCCAGAAAGCAGAUGGCGCCUUCAUUGAAUGGACUGGCCUCCUGAAUGACUGGGAGAUGUCGAUACCCAUCAACAGCAAGACGACGACACCGAUCGACUACGAGAAGAGGUCGGAUCGAGCACGUCAACCUACACGACCAGGCACUUUCCAGUUCCAGUCCGUGGCACUGCUCACUCGCCGCAAGAAGGAGGUCGAGAUCUAUGACGAACUCGAGUCGUUCUUCUGGGUCAUCCUCUUCUACGGGGUGCGGUACCUCCGCACGAACAUCCCGAGGACGAUGAUCGACGCCUGGAUCGAAGACUUCUUCGACCCGCACGAGGACGGCGACGAGAAGCUCGGUUGCAGCCCCAGGAAGCUGUACGCGAUCAAAACCCAAUGGCUCACCGCUAUCGGCCCGCACGCCUUGAAGUUCGAUAGUCGCAUGGACAACGUGAUUGCCGACCUUGAGUGGAUGUUCAACGACCACUAUGCCACCUGGGAGGCAUGGGGCUGGCACGAGCCCUCGGGAAUCGACUGGGACUAUCGCGAGCUUGGCCUCACGCACGAUGCGAUGUUGGAAGAACUCCGUAUCAAGCUUGAGCGACCUUACCGUGACAAUCCAGAUUGGAAGUUGAACGACAAGAUCGGCGAAGAUGUUCCCAAGCAAGACGGCCAGACGAGCUCGACGUCGCCUGGAAGGCUCCUACGCACGAAUCCGAAGCUCCACGCGCUGGAAAGGGCUGCGCACUGCUCCUACCCCCAUCGUCACCAGCCCCGCCGAGAUCCCAGGAUUCUCUAGGUGGUUAUCUAGCACCAAUUACGUUGCUGAACUUCGUUGCGUUCACUGCGUCAGCCUCCGUUGUAUGAUAGCACCCUUACACAUUCCAACAGUAUAUCGUGACUAUUGGUGCCUUGUGACAGAGAGCUAUUGAGGCGCCUUGAACUCCCUUCGCUGGGCCCUGCUCGAUGAGGUUGCGGAGCGUCUGACUACCCCAUUGGGCUCGCAUAUUGUUCGGCUCCCAGCCGACCUGAGCAUGUUUUUUCGAAGGGGCCUAUCGAUAUACAAACCGCUGUACUUCCC